AUGUCGCCCGCCCGCCAGGCGGGCGUGUGGCCCCGGCGCCGCAGGCGUCGUCCGUCCCCGGCGCCCGCCGCGCCGCGGCGGCGCCGCCGCUCCGCCUCCGCCAGCCACACCCGCCGGCGCCCGCGUCGUCCGCACUCUGCCGCCCGAGGACUCGUCCUCGCCCUCCGACGAGAUCCGCUCGACCUGCUCAUGCCUGCCCAGCACAGUGGCGGCGCACUCAGCAUGCCGCGAGAACCAGCGAGAGAACGCGCGGGCAGCAGCCUGAACGGAGGAGGACCAGGCCUCCCCGGCGACGGCCGUCGACCGCCGGCGCGGGGGCUGCUCCUCUUCCACACCGCCGCCCCCAGCGCCACCCCGCUGCCUUGGCCCGCGGGGGCGUGGCGGGCAGCUCGGACGGGACGGCGCGACCGCUGAGCUGC